CCAUUACCCGACAAAUGAACAAUUAUCUCUUUAAUACCAGCGGAAUGAACUAUUUCGGCAUGGAUGACAACAUGGGGUUAGCCCAUCCCACCCCAGUGAUGCAGAGGCGCAAUAGUUUGCCAAAUCUCCAACAAUUAGCCUCAAGCUAUUGCCUCUGUGAAUUGUCAGGUACUGAUUUUACCAGUGAAUUACCGGACUGUCUGAAUCAUAUCGCUUACUGUAACCAAGAUAGUACUAUAACUUCAGGAACAUCCCCAAAAUUUGAAGGAGUCGAGAACUAUACAUACAUUGGUGGUUCUGGAAUAAGUGAAAGCAAUCGCAUAAAUAAAGGAAAAAUUGAUGAGCACUACUUCCACUCUCUCUCGAAAACAAAAGAAUCCAGUGAAUCCGGUAAUAGAAAAUCUCAUCAUGAUAUGGUGAAUUAUGAAGUCCUGAAGGGCCACAAGUACGAAAUUCUCCCUAACCCUAAGAAAGGGAUGAAGAAUGCAAGAAUUUUUGUCUGUAAAUACGACGACUGAGAUAAGGUCUUCUCAAAGACUUGGAAUCUUGUGUACCAUUUCAGAGUUCAUACGAAGGAGAAGCCCUUCUUAUGCGAAAAAUGUGGAAAAGGAUUUACCCAAAAGUACAAUCUUAUCAGACACAUGAAUAGGCACGCCAAAAAUGAGAAGCUUGGCAAGGUGAUGCACAAGUGUCCCGACUGUUAUAAGAGUUAUUCAAACAUCUAUAACUUACGUUCUCACCAGAAGCGUGAUCAUGGCAUUGUAAAGAGCAUACCAGCUAAUUCUACUAGUGUCUCAUCAAGUGAUUCAGUUAACGGAUCUCCUACCAAAGCUUAAACGGCUUCCGGAAAAAUUGGGAUAAAGUCAAAAAUUAGGCUGGGAUAAUCUACUCAGUUCUAUUACCUUAAUUAUUAGUAUUAACUCCAAAAUCAAUAUUC